AUGUGGCAGCUGCUACUCACCGCAGCCCUGCUGCUUCUGGCUUCAUCAGGCACCCAAGCUGAAGAUCUCCGGAAGGCUGUGGUGUCCCUGUACCCAGAAUGGGACAGGCUGCUCGAGAAGGACAAUGUAACUCUGAGGUGCCAGGGGACCCACACCAACAGGCAUGAUUCCACACGGUGGUGGCACAAUGGAAACCUCCUGCCAAACCAGAACUCCAGCUAUGUCAUCUCAUCGGCCAGAGUUAAUGACAGUGGGGAGUACACAUGUCAGACCAACCUCUCCAAACUCAGUGACCCGGUGCUGCUCCAAGUCCAUGCUGCCUGGUUGCUGCUCCAGGCCCGCCAGUGGGUGGCCCAAGAGGGGGACCCCAUCAAGUUGAGGUGCCACAGCUGGAAGAACGUUCCUGUUCACAACGUCCAAUAUUUCCAGAACGGCAGAGGCGUGCAGUUUUCCUAUCAGAAUUUUGAUUUCCACAUUCCCAAGGCAUCUGGCAAACACAACGGCUCCUACUUCUGCAGGGGGAUCAUCGGGACUCUUAACGUGUCUUCCGAGGCUGUGAACAUCAUUGUUCAAGGUGAGAGGGGUAUGGGCCUGGAUGACCCAGAGCCCAGGCGCUGGCCGGCCGACCCCUCGCUGCACCGGGCGCGAGCACCGCGUCGCCCCUGCCCCUGCCCCCAGGCCUCCUGCGGCGCCACCCUGUCCAGUGACGUCCAGGGAGAUGACUAUGCCUCCUUCCGCAAGCCGCAGCUGCGGAUGAAUUCCCUCUCACCUCUCUGGCUGACCCUUGAACUGGGUGCGGACUGA